AGCUGUCAUGAUCGUUGGCUGGCGAGCUGACUUGUCACAACAUACGUGUUUUACAAAAGUCGUAAAAUUAUUUGUAAUCUUACAAAAUUCCUUAAAUUUCGCGAGUAAGUCAUCCUGAUAGAAUAGUACAAUGCCUUCGAGUGACAGCGAAGAUUUUGAGAGCGCUGACGAAGGCCAGACACAUAUGGAAAGAAAGGAAAGAAAAAAACGUUUAUCUUCAUCAAAUUAUAGCGACAAUGCAUUAGAAUCGGACUUGGGGCCUAAGGAAACGUCGAGCAAAGGUGGCAUCGUCGAGAAACCUAAGGAAGAAACAAAAGAUGGCUGGGAUGAUUUUGACAUAGAUAACAAUGAACUAGACGAUAAUGUUAGCAAAACAGCUGUUUCUAAAAAAGAAAAUGAACCUAAAGCUAAAGAAAGCACAAAAUCACAGGACACAGGCUGGGACGACUUUGAUGAUUGGGGGCAGGAUGAAUUUACCAGCAAUGAACCCAAAAAGACCGAACCAGCAAAACCAGCUCAGCAGGAACCCGAUGCCAAGAUCAAGGAGGUCACCGAGAGGCUCGCGUCGACCAGCACUAAGGGCAACAGCUGGGGCUGGGGGUGGGGCGUAGACUCGCUGCUCAGUACGGCCACUGCUGGCAUCACAACGCUGACCAAUCAAGUUUCACAGGGAAUAACAACAGUUCUAGAAACAGGCAUCGGUGCACCAGACCCUGAAGAACUGGCUAGAAAGAAUAUGAGAGAGGCUGAGGCAGCCAAUAAAACUGAACAAACCACACCAGGUGAAGUCCAAGAGAAGGCUGAAACGCCUGUCUCGAGUGAAGCGGCCUUUCCAUUUGGCAGUCUCUUCUCUGGUGUUACCAAGUUUGUUGAGACCACAGGUACAAAAGUAAUAGCAGGCGGUCUUGACACUCUAGAAACGAUCGGCAAGAAGACAAUGGAAGUCUUACAAGAUGGGGACCCAGGGUUGGCCAAGAAGAGAGCCAUGCUUGGUCUGGACUCUGGUGACAAGCCGGUGCUCUCCCAGAUCCUGAGAGAGGCCAAGGCUAAAGCGGAGGAGGAUGACAAAUUGAGAGAGGAGAAGAGAGAAGCGAAGGAGGUCCAUUAUGAGCGGCUGUUUGAUGACUUUGAAGGUCUCGUACACCUGGAAGCCCUGGAGAUGCUGUCGCGCCAGGUGUCGCUUCGGAUAGACGAGCGCAUGCGUGGACUGGACCCCGCCAAGAGACAGGACAUCAAGGAGACCAUGCAGCAAGUCGCAGAACUAUGCGAGAUGCCAGAAGAGGAUGAUGAUGACGAGGAGCCAGCAUCAGAAGACAUGUCCAAGCCAGACGUCUUCCACGAGCGCCUCCAAACCGCUACACAAGACCUGGGACUCAAGCUGCAGUUCCAACCGCUUGUUAAGCAGUACACAGACGUACUAGAAUGGCUCGAGACCGCAGAACCAUUAGAGAAAGGCAUCUACAAGCGAGCUGUGUCCAGCUUAGCUCAGUGCACGGCGCUGGCGGUGCUAACGUACCACAAGGCAGCUGAAAUGCUGCUGGUCAAGCCGCGCCGCUCCACUGCUGACGAAGCCGAUGCGCUAACACAAAUGACAGUGGUGCUGACCAAACAUGUGAGUGAAUUGGCGACUCUCUUCACCGAGAAAUUGAACUCCAUCAAUAGUGAAAACAAGGAACAAAUCAACAACUACAUCACCAAUAUAUUUUUAGAGGCCGGCAACAGCUCUACGUAUAUACAAAAUGCAUUCCAAUUAGCACUACCCAUUCUACAAAUUGGCGCUGUAUAGAUAUUAUUACUUACAACUUAGACUAAAAUUAUGUUACAACAUUAAAUGUUAAAAAUAAAUGGUGUUCAUCAAAUCUCACAUUUAAAGCUUAAUCUAGCAAAUAAUUAAAUAACAUAUGUAUUAUUAUUAUAAUAUUCUUAUAAUUAUUUGGCAAAAACAAUUUUACAAAGCUGAUAAAAAUAACACUAUCCUAUCUGCCAAAAUGCGGCAGGUUUAUUUUAUUUAACAUAAAUGUAUGUUUUUUAAAACAGCUUCUAAAUAUUUUCUAAUUUUAUUCGUGCAAUUCAAAUAGGCGUAAGUAAUAUCACUCAAAAGGUGAGUAUAGACUAGUAAAUACAAGUAAAUGCUCGUCACUAGAGCAUUUACUUGUAACAGAACAACGAGCCGCUCUAUGU